AGCUUGAAACAACGAUGUCGCCAUCCGUGAGUGCAAUCGCACUGCUCUGUGUCCUGUCGUUGUCGCAAACCCGACACAUCUCGGCUUGUAACGGUGGGCACAAUUUGAUCAUCCAUAGUAUCGACAACUGUGCUGGGAAGGGGCAGGUUAUAACGAUUGAUCCGAAAUCCACCGUCACGCUGAUGGAAAACUGCUCGGUCAAGUCCAAGUCCACCGUCACGACAACCGGUUUCAAGCAGGCAAACAUGGAAGUGACGGUUACUAAGAACGGAUUGCCGGUGGUAAGGGAGACGGUCGAUCUGUGCGCUAGUCUGGAGGAUGCGGCCAGCAACAAGGAAGCGAUGGAGAUCAUUACGAUGUUCGGUGUACCAGAACACUGUCCGGUCCAGCCAGGUACCCUUAAAACGGACGAAAGUCAAACGUACAACUUGGAGAAGUACAAGCAACAUCUGCUCGUCGCACAGGGGCGAUCCAUCAUCGAUGUGUUGAUUAAACACGAUAAGGGCGAUAGCUGUUUCAAGAUAGACCUGGAAGUGGUGGCUCCCAAUCUGCUGGGCUGAUCUGCAACGUUACCGGAUAGCAAUUCAAUAAAUAUUAAUUCUCUGGCCUUGCGGGAACGAAGUUCA